AUGGCGAUGAAGACGACGAUCUGGCGGCCGAACGUGAGAGUGACGCUCGACGAGUAUGGGGAAGUCGAGGACACGGAGCGAGGUGGAGAGGAGGUGACGAAGAAGGGCACGAAGCGGAAGAGAGCCCCUCCCACGAAGGGGCCGUGCGAGCACGGGGUGAAGUAUCGGUCGAACUGCAAGGUGUGCAGCGCUUGUCCGCACGGGCGUCAGCGCUCUGUAUGCAAGGAGUGCGGCGGGGCAUCAAUCUGCGAGCACGGUCGUAUGCGCUCUCGGUGCAAGGAGUGCGGUGGGGGCUCAAUCUGCGAGCACGGUCGUCGGCGCUCUACGUGCAAGGAGUGCGGUGGGGCAUCAAUCUGCGAGCACGGUGGUCGUAUGCGCUCUCAAUGCAAGGAGUGCGGCGGGGGUGGAAUCUGCGAGCACGGUCGUCGCCGCUCUCGGUGCAAGGAGUGCGGCGGGUCUGAAAUCUGCGAGCACGGUCGUCGCCGCUCUCGGUGCAAGGACUGUCGAGGCGAACGUCUGUAA